CGCAACCAUCAACAUGCCCCCCAGAUUGAAUGUCCUCAGCUUGGCGCGCGCAAUUCCAUACAGGCCAAAAGGACAAGCCCAAUGGCUUUCUCGACCUGCCGCGCGACUCGCACCGACGCAGACCCGAACCUAUUCCGAUGCGAAAGACGAAGACAAAGUUCCCGCGGCGGACCGCUCGAAGCGGAUCGACGCGAAGCCUCUUGGCCAUGUUAGCGAAGAAGCAUCCGCGAUGGCAGACAUCACAGGUGGUGAAGGUCCGGAUCUGAGUCAAGGCACACCCGUUCAAGAUAUCGUUAGGGGCGACAAAAAGGCCGAGGAGAAGCUGCCCAAGGUCAUGAAAGAGCAGCUCAAGUCGAAUGCAAGCUCGGCCCCGAAAGGCUCGCGAUCGUACUCGACAUCAACGACACCAAUUGGCGGUGGAAGCGGCGCGUUCGACAUGGGCCUCAUGAGCAUGACAUCGCCGCCGGCCGAGGCCGUGGCACCGGGCCUGAAGUUCGAAAUGCCUGUGUUGCCUCUUCCCAAGGAUGGGCAUCUCAAGCAUAGGUACGACCCGGUGGUUGACCAAGUCACCAACCUCUUGAUGCGGCAUGGAAUGAAGAGCGUUGCUCAGAGGAAUAUGGCGCUCAUACUACAACAACUUCGUACAGCUUCUGUUCCCACGAUUAACCCACAGCGACCGCUUCUACCUGGCGCACCGCCGCCAUCGCACCUCCCGCUCAACCCCGUCCUCUACCUUACCCUUGCCAUCGAUUCGGUAUCGCCCCUACUUAGGAUCCGAAAUAUGAAAGGUGCUGCGGGUGGUGGUGUGGCUUUACCGAUCCCUGUUCCUCUUGGCCAGAGGCAGCGACGAAGGACCGCAAUCCAGUGGAUCUUGGGGGCGGCUUCGAAGAGAAAGACCAACACCAGUGGCAAGACUGGCUACGCGCAACGAGUGGCAUCAGAGAUCAUCUCGGUUAUCGAAGGUCGCAGCAGUGUGUGGGACAGGAGGAACAUGGUGCACAAGGCAGGUAUCUCCGCUCGUGCCAACAUCGUCUUGCCGCGCAAGCGAUAAGCGAACGCAGAGUCGGGACUAGCAAUGCGGAACUGACUUUCUGCUCAUGUAUUAUGUACUGUGACACCAUUUGUGCAUUUUUCCGAUACUCAACACGGCUUCAUGCCGCGAAAGCAUCCGCACGCUGCACGGGGCGGUCCCAAUAUGGGUUGAAGUAGAAUAAGCCAUAAUUUACCUCGAGAAUACUCUCUGCACAAGACACUUUCAUAUAUUCGAUACGAU